GGUGAUGACAGACACAAAAAAAAAUAAAAAAUAAAAAAAAACACACAUCAUUGUAAAAUCAAUACAUUCAUCGUUCCACUCAGAAUCUAAAAAUGUUUAGCCCGAGAUGGUACAUUCUUGGAAAACAUUCAGAUUUUGUAUUUACCGAGAAUACAAACUCACAGGUUGAUCUCGAAAACAGAUUAUUGACUGAAAAUGAGUGUUUGACUAGUCAAAUGUUGAAUUUGAGUACAUUUGAAACAGAUGACCCAACUGAAGUAGCCACCGUACAGUCAAAUAUUGGUAGUGAAUGUACACCAAUAAUCAGUGAACAGUGCUUUGAUCUCCUGAGAGAAUUUGAAAUGGCGGAAAAUGAACCUUUUAAUGAGCUUGAAGAGGAUAGUGCUCAAUAUGUAGCUGGCUAUAUUUGUAAUCGGUUUUCCAGCAAAUAUCCAGAUUUGAUAAAGCAAACAGAUGAUGGUGAUGUUGCAGAAGACUGCUAGACUAAUUUCAAGUCAAGAGGUGGUUUGAAAUUACCAUCAAACAAUUUGAUGGCAGCAAUCAAAUUUCUUGAAAUUGAAUUUAAAUUAGUGAAUGGUGAUAAUAUUACAAAAGUAAAGGGAUAAUGAAAAAUAUGAUUAAUAAAUUGACACCAAUCAUUCAAUAUUUGUCUAUCCCGCAAGAAGUUAUUGACUGUCUAGUUAGGACACGGACAUUCAUAAGAAUGAAUAAUCUUAAAAAACAAUUAAUUUCAGAUAAAUAUAAAAAAAAAAAAAGGUGGGUAA